AUGUUCCGGAGUGCAGCGGUGUCCGAGUGGUUAAGGAGUUUGAUUAGAAAUCAAAUGGGCUCUGCCCGCGUAGGUUCGAAUCCUGCCCGUUGCGCCUUGAGUUUGACUCGAAAUCAAAUGGGCUCUGCCCGCGCAGGUUCGAAUCCUGCCCGCUGCGAAGGUUUUAUUUCUGUUAAUCAUGAAGGAAAGAGCAAAGAGAAAGACGGUGUUGUGUGA